UUGAAAAGCAGUCAAGAGUGGUUCAACUCGCUCAUGGAGAAAGGUCAUACCAUAUCUUUUACCAACUUUGUGCUGGUGCUCCGUUUGGCCUCAAAGAUAGACUGAAUCUAAAAUCGGCUGUUGAGUUCCAUUAUCUAAGUCAGAGUGGCUGCUUGGCAAUUGAUGAUGUUGAUGAUGCUAGGAAAUUUCAGAUGCUUAUGGAAGCCUUAGAUACUGUUCGACUUUGCAAAGAAGACCAAGACAAUGCGUUUGAAAUGCUUGCUGCAGUGUUGUGGCUGGGAAACAUAUCCUUUCAAGUAAUUGACAAUGAAAAUCAUGUAGAGGUCGUGGCUGAUGAAGGUAGCUUGCCUAGUACAUCAUCGAGUACUGGUUCAACACAUGACACUACUGCUGGUGGAAUGGUGAGAGAUGCUUUGUGGAGAGUGCUUUUGUCGCUGAUAUUUUCAAUAUAAUUGGUGAGAAAUGCAAUUAACUUGGAGUUUUCAGACUACAAGAGGUUGAUAAACAAUAGCAUUGUGCUACAAAACAUCAGAUUUUGCAGAAAUGUUUUUGCUGCUUGUUGCUUUCGGCUUAAUAGCAAGUGACGAAUAUAGUGCACAGUGCACAACAGAAUUAGGAGACGCAAAAUCUGAAAAUUGUUGCUCUUACCAAAGAUAUGAUUUGCUUGCUCCCUAGGUCCGGAGCGAUUUAGGAAACACAGACGAUACUUUUUUUCAUUUUUUUGUAAAUCAUAGCUGUUUUGUUUUUCAAGUUACUUUGUAAUUAGCUAGAAAUGAACUACAUGUCUUGGAUAAUAGAGUCAAUGAUAUUGUGUUGUUAUGGGGCAUGACUUGAAUUGCAGAGAUCCAGAUAUACUUUGUUGUUGGGUAUAAUCACUGAUGCUGAAUAAGGGGUGAACAACCCAUAGAGAUCAAGAGAUUGAUGAAUUGCUGGUUUUAAAAUAUAGAACAUUACUUGAUUUGCAGGUUUUAAAAUACUACACUUGGAAAAAAUGACAGAAAAUAAAAUGUGAACAUAUUCAUUCUAGGUAUACUUGCAACUGCACUAAUUUAGAAUCCCCCCUCCCCCCCCCCCC